ACUCGGUGCCCGCAGCGCCGGGGCGUGGAGGCGUUAACGCGCAUGCGCUUAGGGAUCCGGCCGUGGCCGAGCGCGCGGCCGUAAGACCGCGGGUGACUAGCAUGCAGAUACCCAUGCUCUGACUUUCUGCCUCUCCACUGACAUGGCCCACCGGGGUGGGGAGAGGGACUUCCAGACUUCAGCUCGACGCAUGGGCACCUCGCUGCUCUUCCAGCUUUCAGUGCACGAACGGGAGCUGGACCUGGUUUUUCUGGAUCAUAGCUAUGCCAAGCCUUGGAGUGCCCACCCAGAUGCCAGUAGUGCCCGCCCCACCCGCAUGCUCUUUGUCACUCCCCGGCGGCAGCACGAAAGUACCAUUGAAUCAGACGUCCCAAUAGAUGUGGAGACGGUCACAUCAACGCCUGUGCCACUCUAUGACAAUCAGAAGGCACGCAGUGUGAUGAAUGAGUGUGAACGGCAUGUCAUCUUUGCCAGGACUGAUGCAGAUGCCCCUCCUCCACCAGAGGACUGGGAGGAGCAUGUCAACAGGACUGGCUGGACAAUGGCCCAGAACAAGCUAUUCAACAAGAUCCUCAAAGCCCUGCAGUCUGACCGGCUUGCCCGCUUGGCCAACGAAGGGGCUUGUAAUGAGCCAGUGCUGCGCCGUGUUGCUGUGGACAAGUGUGCAAGGAGAGUGCGGCAGGCUCUGGCAAGUGUGAGCUGGGAUACCAAGCUGAUCCAGUGGCUGCACACCACCCUUGUGGAGACCUUGAGUCUGCCCAUGCUGGCAGCCUACCUGGAUGCUUUGCAGACGCUGAAGGGGAAGAUCCCAACCUUGAUUGACCGGAUGCUUGUAUCAUCCAACACGAAGACUGGGGCUGCAGGAGCUGAGGCCUUGUCUCUCCUACUGAAGAGGCCCUGGGACCCUGCUGUGGGUGUGCUUUCUCAUAACAAACCAAGCAAACUCCCUGGCUCUCCGCUGAUUCUCAUCGCCUCCUCUGGUCCCUCCAGCUCUGUGUUUCCCACUUCACGCCGCCACCGCUUCUGGCAAUCUCAGCUGUCCUGCUUAGGCAAGGUCAUCCCUGUAGCCACCCAUCUGCUGAACAAUGGCAGUGGGGUAGGAGUUCUACAGUGUCUCGAGCAUAUGAUUGGGGCAGUGAGAAGCAAAGUGCUGGAGAUUCACAGCCAUUUCCCACACAAACCCAUUAUCUUGAUUGGCUGGAACACAGGAGCUUUGGUGGCCUGUCAUGUGUCAGUAAUGGAGUAUGUCACUGCAGUUGUCUGCCUUGGGUUUCCUCUGCUUACCGUGGAUGGCCCCAGAGGGGAUGUGGAUGAUCCCCUCUUGGAUAUGAAGACUCCAGUCCUCUUUGUCAUUGGUCAGAAUUCCCUUCAAUGUCACCCUGAAGCCAUGGAGGACUUCCGGGAGAAGAUUCGAGCUGAGAACAGCUUGGUGGUGGUUGGGGGAGCUGAUGACAAUCUCAGAAUAAGCAAAGCAAAGAAGAAAUCAGAAGGGUUGACUCAGAGCAUGGUGGACAGAUGUAUUCAGGAUGAGAUUGUGGACUUUCUGACUGGAGUGCUCACUCGUGCUGAGGGUCACAUGGGCUCUGAACCUCGGGAUCAGGAUGCUGAGAAGAAGAAGAAGCCCCGCGAUGUGGCCCGCAGAGACUUGGCCUUUGAAGUCCCUGAGCGGGGCAGUCGACCUGCCUCCCCCGCUGCCAAGCUGCCCGCCUCACCCUCAGGCUCAGAGGAUCUCUCCAGUGUGUCCAGCAGCCCCACCUCCAGUCCCAAGACCAAAGUGACCACAGUGACCUCUGCCCAGAAGUCCAGUCAGAUUGGAAGCUCUCAGCUGCUGAAGAGACAUGUGCAGCGGACAGAAGCUGUGCUGACCCACAAACAAGCUCAAGCACAGUUUGCUGCUUUUCUGAAACAAAAUAUGCUGGUGAGGAAAGCUCUUCCUCCUGGCACCUCCUCCUGUCUCUUCGUUCCCAUUUCAUCAGAACCACCAGAGGAAGGAGAGAAAGAGGAUCUUAGGGUUCAGCUGAAGCGACACCAUCCCUCAAGUCCCCUUCCUGGCAGUAAGACCACCAAGCGACCGAAGAUCAAGGUGUCCCUUAUCUCCCAAGGGGACACAGCUGGAGGGCCUUGUGCUCCUUCCCAAGGAAGUGCUCCAGAAGCUGCAGGUGGGAAGCCCAUCACCAUGACACUGGGGCAGGCUUCAGCAGGGGCCAAGGAGCUCACAGGACUUCUCGCCACAGCCCAGUCCAGUUCUUCUGAAGGUGGAGUCUCAGCCAGCCCAGUCCCUUCAGUGGUCUCCAGCAGCACUGCACCCAGUGCCUUGCACACACUGCAGAGCCGCCUGGUGGCCACAUCUCCUGGAAGCUCCCUCCCAGGGGCCACAUCAGCCAGCAGCCUCCUCCAAGGCCUCAGCUUCAGCUUGCAGGAUAUCAGCAGCAAGACCUCUGGCCUUCCAGCAAAUCCCUCCCCAGGACCAGCCCCACAGGCCACCAGUGUGAAGUUGCCCACCCCCAUGCAGAGCCUGGGUGCCAUCACCACGGGCACCAGCACCAUUGUCCGUACCAUUCCUGUGGCCACCACUCUCUCCUCCUUGGGUGCCACUCCUGGUGGGAAGCCCACAGCCAUCCACCAGCUGCUGACCAAUGGGGGCCUCGCUAAGUUGGCAAGCAGCCUCCCUGGCCUGGCUCAGAUCUCUAACCAAGCAUCAGGCUUGAAGGUCCCCACCACCAUUACUCUGACACUUCGUGGCCAGCCGAGCAGGAUCACCACGCUGAGCCCUAUGGGCUCAGGAGCAGCCCCAUCCGAGGAGUCCUCUUCCCAGGUGCUGCCCUCCAGCUCACAGGGUGUCUUCACCUUUGCUGAUGCCAUGUUGAUGGACAACUAGAACGCAGAUCCUGCCACGUGAUCCCUUCCUCCUGUGUUAGCGCCUGCCUCCAGCACCCUGAAGAUGCUGUGUGAUAUGUCCUCCUUACCAAGUUGGUGAUGGCUGCCUCAUGGUGGGCCCUGGACACGUGCGUGGUCCUGCUGAGCUGUCCACGUGUCCGAAGACCUGUUUAAGACAGUCAUUUUUGCCUCUCCGCCAACUGUCUUCAGAGAAACCAUUAGGUUAGGUGAUACGGUGCCAGCAAGGGAAGCACCAUUGUCCAGGAUCUGCAAAUCUGGUUCCUGGGAUCCCCAGACUCCUCAGCAGAUCUGGCUGUACAUGGAUUAGAACCACUUCUUCCCCCGCUUAAGCUGUGGUUUGACCCAAGGGUCAUAGGACUGCCUGCUGCAUUUAAUGAAGGUGUUUCCUUUUGGAAGUCUGUGCUACCCUCUGUGCCUAGUUGGGAGGAGACAUCCGUCUGGUCCGGGGUUUCGGGAGUUAGAAUGGAAAGCCCUUUGCUAAAGACUGGAGUCAUCCUGGCCUGCCAACUGGUGGUUCAGAGCUGGAUGGGCUUGUUUUGGACAUCACUGUUGCCUUCACUCAGCAGCCAUGGGAGAGUGCUCCCCGUGCAACUCCACGUUAGAAACCACGUCAGAUACUGAGUAGCUUGCUGACUCCUAGAAACUUCUGGUUUUUGUUAGUAUCAUAAUGAAGGCAAAGAACUAGGCUGUCAUCUUUCAGCCUCUUUGACUUACUCUAGAUGUUGGGAGCAGUGGUUGCCAGGUGAAACCUGGGCCCUUUGUCUUUUUCACCAUGCUUUGGGCAGUUUCUGUAUCCAGAGAGUCCGCAGGUUCACAUAAGCUGAAGAAGAGUAAUAGAACAGCAAAGGAAGUGGCUUGAAGGACGUGCCAGUAAGCCCUGUGGUUUGUGCUUAGGUCUCUGCUCUGCCACCCAAGGAACUAGUGAUUCAGCUGGAGACAAAAAGAAGAAUUUGCCAAAUCAGAGAAGAAACCCCAACCCUGGAAAAUCCUCUGUCUCCAGUCUCUAGAGGGGAAGCAGGGACAAUAAGCUAAGGUAGUAUCUUGGCCAUCCCAGGAAACUUGUGGCAUUAGGACGAUGAAGGCCAUGCUUCAGUGUUUUCGUUUCUAUUUCAUGAGACUUUUUGUCUUCCUGCUUACAAGUGGGAAGAUGAUUGACAGCGACUCUACUAUGCAGGGCUGUUGGUACCAACCUGAGCCCUAUAGGUGGUAGUCCCUGGAGAAGUGGUCACAGAAGAUGGAGCUCUGAUCCCCUGCUUGCCUCUUCACAACACUUGUGUGCAAAGAUAGUUUUAGAUUUGGUUUAGAAACUAUCCUCCAGAACAGGCUCCCAUACUUAGAAUGUUUCUAGUUAAGGUAAUAAAUUAGGCAACCCAAGUGUGACUCCACUCAAGUGUCCUUUUCUGUAGGCAGGAAGGGCCCACAACAUGGCUUAAAAUAUAGUCCAUGGUUCUGGCCCACAGUACAGUGUGUAUCUAUACCAGGUCACCUGUGUUCAAUCUGGGAGCCUUCCUGGCCAGUCUGAGUGGCAGCCAGAAGGGAGCUCAUAGUGUCUAGGAGUCUCAGGCAAGGUAGGUCAGGGUACUGUGGGCAGGGGGGAUGUGUGUGAUAGGAGAGGGUACCCUAAACACCAUACCUCCCCUCCCUGACCUGAAAAGCUGAUCUCAACAGGGAUUCACACAGAAUUAGGCUGUGUUUUUGCAUUAGCUGGUAGGUGACUUUUUAAAAAUUCUUAAAUUCAGGAAGUAUUUAGUAAACUUGAGGAAGGUAUGAAAUCUGGAGGAGGCAUCCAGGACCCAGGGGUUUGAUAGCUUUACAGGUAGGAUCAUACCACACCAAAAGAGCAGUGGAUAAUAAGACUAUAUGAGCUAUAUGAAGCUUUUAGGAAUCAUUUAGGACCGACAGAGCCCUAAACAACCCAUUCAUGACUUAAGUUGUUGGCUCAGUGUAUGCUGGGGACAAAGAAAAACUAACAAGCCCACCUGCCUUUAUGGUAAAUUCUAGUGUGCUUACAAGGGAUGACUUCCUGUCCACCUUGAAGAACUCCGUAACUGAAGAAGGAGAGCUGUGAGAAUGUGGAUUGUUCUACACCUUGGACAGGGUAACAGAGGAAGUGGCUGAGGCCUAGAGUCAUGUUUUCCAGUUCCCUUCACAAACUGUAUUUCUUGGAACGCGAAAGGAAGCUUUACCUAUUUCAUAGAAGACCUGGAAUCCAUAACCUCAGAAGGCGAUAUUAUUGAUAGAAAAUGUGGAAGGAUCAGGAAGUUCUUAGAUUCUUGGAUGACAGAUGCAUGUUGAUGCCCUAUGGAGAUGUCCUUGUGUUUUGAGGUCACUGAGGUAGGAAGACCUGUCUACUCUUGGUCUCACCACUAGAACAGUCUUGGGCCGGAUGGGUCUAGAGCUGAGCGGCUGUGAUGGUUCUGUUCUUACAUUAACAAAAACAAUUAAAAACACCAAAAACAA